AAUUCGAUUUGAAGUUUAAAUCGAGUUUGUCAAUAAACAUUUUUGAAUUUCGUUAUUUCCAUGAUUUUUCGAAUUCAUAUUGUUUCUUAUAGAAAAUAAUCAUGGCUGUUGAUAACACCAAAAUGAACAAUGUAACACUUCCCAAGAAAUCAAGAUUGGAAAUGAAUAUCAGGCAACUUCUCAAUAAAUGCGAAUUGAUUGCAAAACAAGAACCAGUAGACGCUAACUGCAGACUGAAACAAUACGUGGAGGGUUUGAAUAAUAUGAUAACUGAACUUAAAAUGGGUCCCGACAAGCCUGCAAAGGAUGUGAUAGCGGAAUAUACUAAAAGAGCAACAUUUUUGAAAGGCUUAAUACAAACAGCUACUCUCCACAGUCCUAUAGAAAAGCUUGAGGCAGUGCAGUUGUUAUCCCAUGGUGCAGCAACCAACACUGUAGAUGGUUCAGCUCAAGAGAUACACCAGAAGACUGUUGCAAAAUAUGGGGUUGAGUUGCGCUCUGAGUUAUUUGGAUUGGAAGACAGUGAUGAUACACUGAGGCAGCGAAACAUAAUCAAAGCGGCAAACUUCACCAGCACCAGUACCAGCCAAGAGGACAUAGACUCACUGCUCAAAUACCAUCAGAACAUGCAAGAGAAAGUAGCAGAGAACAUGGUCAUGCUGACCAAGAGUUUGAAGGAACAAUCACAGAUCGCCAGCACUAUUAUAAAGGCUGAUACUGAGGCGUUAAAGAAAUCCUCCGACUUGACAGAUAGGAAUCUCAUGUCAUUGAAAGUGGAGUCGGAGAGACUGCAAGAGCACAGCCGCGGCGCUUGGAAGUGUUGGCUGUGGCUCAUGCUUGCUGUUAUUAUAGCUAUAUUUAUUAAUAUGGUACUGUUUAUGAAAGUAAUGAAGAAACGGAAAUACGACGUGUAAGGUAUAAAUGUUAUAUAUACUUAUCCCUCAGACCAAUUAUUGUAUAGGACCUGCCUCGCUAUCUGCGAUCAACGAUUUAAUGCGAUUAUAAAAACUGUCUCUAUAGAAUCGACGUUAAAUAGUUGUAAUCGUGUUCGUCUGUUGAAGAGCUCCGUAAAAAUACCUUUUUGUGUAAUUGAAUUGUGUAAAAAACGGGCAAAAACUUCUAGUUUAGUAUAAGAUAUAUACCAAAUCUAAGCUCGAUUGCCUCAGAAAAUGAUAGACAAUUUUGUUCGUGACUAUGAGUGCGAUACAGGUCCUUCUAUAAAUUGGUCUGAGACUUAUCUCCGUUUAAUUACAUAAUAUUGUGAAACUUAGAAACUUCGACCAUCACCAGAAUGUUGCCAUUUCUGCAGAUUCUACCAACUUGGUUAGUACCAAAUAAAUCUUUAACCCAUGAUAGCCCAGUGGAUAUGGCCUCUGCCUCCGAUUCCGGAGGGUGUGGGUUCGAAUCCAGUCCCAGCAUGCACCUCCAACUUUUCAGUUUUGUGCAUUUUAAGAAAUUAAAUAUCACGAUAUGACGGGCAGUGUUUUUGGCGUUUGGAAAAAUAUAUUAAAUACGCAAUUUUUAAUUUUUGAUUUU